GGUAUGUUAGUUGCUUGAACGGUUGCAUGUCAGAGUUAUGUUAGGGAUGUCAUAUAUAAGACUGUGAAAGAGAAUACAUAUUAUGAUCCAUUGCUUUGUUGUAAAGACGUAGGCACAAAUAAUGACUCAUGUAUCGGAUUCUGUGCUUUUGUGCGGACUUGUUGUCAUCGGCGGCCUCUGUGUUCUAUACUACUUUGUGACAUGGUCGUGGAGAUGCUGUCGUGGAUUCCGAGUGUACGUGCUUUCAGAAACUUGGCAUGUUAAUUUAAAAACCUACGGACAAUGGGCAGUUGUCACAGGUGCCACCUCAGGGAUCGGUAGAGCUUAUGCACAUGAACUGUCCAAAAGAGGACUGGACAUUGUCCUGAUCAGUCGCUCCGAGGACAAACUCCAACUUGUUGCCCAGGAAAUUGAGAGUCAGUAUGGAAGACAGACCAGAACCAUCCAGACAGACUUCACAGAGGGCUCAGCCAUUUACCCCGCCAUCGCCCAGCAACUGCAGGGCCUCGACAUAGGCAUUCUGGUGAACAAUGUAGGAAUGAACUACACAGGACACUUUGCACUGUUCCUCGAUGCUCCAGACUGUGAACAGAGGAUCACCCAGGUGGUCAACUGCAACGUCCUCUCUGUGACUCAGAUGACCAGAUUGGUUCUUCCUCGCAUGGUUGAAAGGGGGCGUGGUCUGAUUAUCAACUUGUCGUCGGAGGCAGGUGCGCGACCUCAGCCUCUGCUGGCGCUUUACUCUUCUACCAAGACGUUUGUGACGUAUUUCUCCAGAUGUCUGAAUUCAGAAUACCAGUCUCGAGGAGUCACUGUUCAGUGUGUGUCACCCUUCAUGGUGUCCACCAACAUGACCCACAACAUACCCGUCAAUUUCCUGGUGAAGACGGCAUCUGAUUUUGCUCGAGAGGCUCUGAACACUGUGGGCCUCUCCUCCUACACCAGCGGCUGUCUGUCCCAUGCUCUGCAGAAUAUAGCCCUCUCCGUUUUGCUUCCUGAUUGGCUACGACUCUCUUCCUACUGCGUGAGCCAGCUGGAAAACAUUCCAGAUCCUAUGCUGACCAAUGAGAGGAGAGCAGGGAAGCAGGACCAGGAAGUCAUCGGGUCUGUGAAGACGAGGAGUUUAGAGCUUCACAAAACAUGAACACGCUGUUUCUAUCAACAUAUGCACUCUAACAAACAGUAUAUAGAAAUAUUGAGUUACUGUAUGUUAUGAGCUGUGUACAGUCAAGUGGUGGGGCAUUUGACUGAUGAUCAAGAGAUUACAGGUUCACACGGUCCUCUAUGUGCUUCUGGAGGAGAGUUGAUGCUUGAAUACAAUAUUACUUUAUGACUCAUAACCAGGGUCUGGACCAAGGGUUUAGUUUGUGUGUGUCAUUAUUCAAACAACAGCAAUGCUUGAAUAUUAUUAUUGUUAUGUUACGUUACUUGAACCCCUCAAUGUUCCCACCAAAUCUACACCCUGGGGCUGGGGUGAAGGAGAUUGCACUUUUGAAUGUUUCUGUUUGGACAGGUGUGGACUGAUCUGUGAGACAUCAGAGAUGUUUAUGAAUCCUGUCCUUCAGUUUGCUGAUGCUGCUCUCAGACAGUUAAACACCGUCUAAACUCUUGUGGAUAUGGACCAUUUGUAGAGGCUAUCGACACAGCAUAGGAGAUUUCGUUAACAUUUAAAUACUAACACCAAGAGAACAUUUUUAUCUUUUUUAUUAUAUUUAUAUCUUAUAAACACUCAAAUGUAUUUUUUUCAAGUAUAUAUAUUACAGUGUAACACGUUAUAACGAGAAAGCAUUUGACAAAAGCAUCAUUAUCUUAUCGCAAUAAAACAACAUUUAUGUCA